AAGAAUAGCACAUUCUAAGCCUAUUCCUUCUCAUUUCUUCUCAAUCUCUUCUUACUGCCCUCUCUGUUAGUCCUAACAGUUCCGUCACCAUUGGCCUUCUCUGGCCACUAAUGAUCAAAGAUGGUGCUGUAUAGUAAUAAAAAAAAUAAUAAUAAAAAAUAAUAGUAAAAAUGAUGGUGAUACAACUAUCAUUGUGAUUCUGAUUGGGAGGGUGAAAAUGGGGGCGCGCUCUGCUUCGGUGGUGCGCGCACCAUUCAUGAAUGUGAAGCUGAAGCUGUGGUUGAGCAUGGUUAAGGGUAACGUAGUUGUGUUGGUAUUGGCAUCAAUAUUAAUAUCAUCAAGCUGGUGCACAUCAGCCAAAGCCAUGUAUUCUGAUGCGGAGGCGCUGGUGAAGUUCAAGAAGUCGUUGACAAACACAGUGGCCUUGAAAAGUUGGGAUGCAACCACAAACUCAAAGCCACCUUGCUCUGGAAACAUUCCAAACUGGGUGGGCUUGUUUUGUUUGAGGGACAAGGUUUGGGGGUUGCGACUCGAGAACAUGGGCCUAACAGGCAAUAUCGAUAUAAUGACUCUGGCUUCCAUCCCCGCUCUCCGCUCUGUUAGCCUGAUGAACAACACCUUUGUGGGUCCCUUACCUAGCGUAAGGUUGCUGCCAAAUCUCAAGGCCCUCUACCUCUCCUACAAUCAUUUCUCAGGACAGAUUCCCGACGAUGAAUUUAAGGGUUUGCAUAAAUUGAGGAAACUUUAUUUGUCCAAUAAUGAGUUCACAGGUCAAAUUCCUUCCUCCAUUGCCACCUUGCCUUCUCUCCUCAUCCUCCGUCUCGACUCAAACAAGUUUCAAGGUCAAAUCCCCCUCUUCCAGCACUUUAAUACUACUAGUUAUUAUCCUUUGAGGAUCAUCAACUUUUCUAACAAUCAGUUGGAGGGUCCCAUUCCGCCCAGUCUAAUCACCUUCGGCGCCUCCCCAUUUAGCGGUAACCCUGGACUAUGCGGGGCGCCCCUCAAGAAUGUGUGCCAAGAGGUAGCCACUCCGUCCAAAAUGCGUCUUCUAAAAAUUUUACUAGCUAUUGUCACGAGUGCAUUGAUUGUAGCCAUCCUGGUUAUAGUAUUGGUGAUAUAUCGGUUGAGGUCACUGACAUCCCAACUGCAACAACAAUCUUCAGCAGAAGAUCAUAUGGCUUCAACGUUGCAGGGCCAGGUCCAGGUUCCUCCCAUUUAUGUCAAAACUAAAAGCCUAGCGGAUCACUACGAUGCUAGUCCCAGGCAAGCGUCAUCAUUUCAGGGUCUUGGACGUGCACGUUCCAGGAGGGUGGAACCAGGCAAACUCAUAUUCCUCAGGCCUCAAGAACCUAUGUUUGAUUUGCAGGAUUUGCUAAGGUCCUCCGCUGAAAUUCUUGGAAGUGCAGGAUUUGGGUCCUCCUACAAGGCCGUCAUUUUAGACGGUUACCCCGUUGUUGUCAAGAGGUACAAGCAUAUGAACAAUUUGCCCAGAGAGGAGUUCCACGAGCACAUGCGAAGACUAGCCAAUCUCAACCAUCCCAAUCUUCUCCCUCUCCUCGCCUAUUAUUAUAAAAGGGAAGAAAAGCUUCUCCUCUCUGCCUUUGUUCACAACGGUUGCUUGGCCAGUCAUCUUCAUGGCAAUCAUAACUCCCAAAAGCUUGGACUUGACUGGCCAACUCGUUUGAAAAUCGUGAAAGGUAUAGCCAGGGGUUUGGCUUACCUAUACAGUGCACUCCCAAGUGUAAUUGUGCCUCAUGGUCAUCUCAAAUCUUCCAACGUCCUUUUGGAUGAAUCCUUCGAGCCCCUUCUCACUGAUUAUGCCCUCAGCCCCGUCAUCAACCUUGACCAUGCCCAAAAAGUUAUCUUGCCUUACAAAUCUCCAGAAUAUGCUCAACUUGGGCGCAUUACAAAGAAGACUGAUGUGUGGAGUUUUGGAAUUCUGAUUCUGGAGAUCUUGACGGGCAAAUUCCCUGAGAACUAUCUCACACUUAGGCAUAAUACUGAUUCUGACAUAGCCAGUUGGGUCAAUACCAUGAUUACUGAGAAACGCACCAGUGACAUGUUUGACGUAGAGAUGGGAGGAAUUGGAAAUUGUAAAGCUGAAUUACUCAAGCUCCUGAAGAUUGGCUUGAGUUGUUGUGAGGAGAAUGUGGAAAGAAGGCUUGAUAUCAAGGAAGCUCUUGAGCAAAUUGAAGACUUGAAAGAGAGGGAAAAUGAUGCUAUUAAUGGAGAAUACUCCUCCACUCUCAUGACCACAGAAAGAAAUACUUACAGAGCUGUCUGAUUGACACUCACUUUUUUUUCCGCUGCUUCACUCCGACUUUAUUUGGAAGCUACCAAUUUGUACGCGUGGAAGGUGGCUUUCCCCAUGAAGAUGAACAUAUGCUAUUAAUUAAUCUUAAAUUCUUUUCAAUUAAUUAAUU